AGAGAAACAGAGGUUUGAGGCAUGUCUUCACCACAAAUUCUACUUCUCUAUAAGCUUGGUUCUCCUCUGCGCUUGUGAGCGUAUGUUUAACUGUCAAGCUCUUCUUCUGUGGGCAGGUGGCCAGUAAUGGAGCAACCAAAUCAAUGGCUGACGCAGACGGAACAGGAGGAGCUGGCGUACAUGUACCAGCAAGAAGGGGAUCCCGUCACCGUGCCCGGCAUGGAGCAGCAGUUCGCGGAGCCACCGCUGCCUGGCCAUCAGGAGCAGUACUACACCACGUCGCCGAUGGCGACCCCGUCGUUCCAUCCAUCUCGCAGCUCCGAUCUCCCGAGCUUUGGUGGCUCGUCGUCGUUGCCGAACCUGCCGUUCGGAUUGGCGACGGUGAAGAACGAGCUGGGGCAGCCGUCGCCGCCGCCGCCAUCGUCCAACUUCCUCUCCUUCGGCGCUGGCCAGGCUGGCACCCUCAACUUCUCCGGAGGCGCCUGGCAGCACGACGGCGUCGAAGGGACGAUGCAGCUGCAGGCGCCGGAGAGGCGGAGCAGGGCGCCGGCGAACGCGCAGGAGCACGUCAUCGCCGAGCGCAAGCGGCGGGAGAAGCUGCAGCAGCAGUUCGUGUCCUUGGCCACCAUCGUCCCCGGCCUCAAGAAGACAGACAAGAUCUCUCUGCUGGGGAGCACCAUCGACUACGUGAAGCAGCUGGAGGACAAGGUGAGGGCCCUGGAGAAGCAAGGCUCGCGGAGGUCGUCGGAGUCCACCACCGUCUUCGAGAGCAAGUGCCGCAUAUCCGCCGCCGACAACGACGCAGCAGGACCCAGCGGGUCCGAGGACGCGGCCGAGGACUCGAGCCCGGCCGUCGAGGCUAUCAUCCGGGGGAACACGGCGCUCCUGAAAAUCUGCUUCAAGGAGAGGAGAGGGGUGCUGGUGAUGGUCCUCUCCGAGCUCGAGAACCAGGGCCUCUCCAUCAUAAACACCAACGUCGUCCCGUUCACCGACUCCUGCCUCAACAUCACCAUCACGGCCAAGGCAAGGCCUCUCUCCAUUGCGCAAAUGCGGUUGUAACUUGCAAGAAAAUAAGCUUCC